AUGGUACCAAUCGAAGCGAUCGGUGUUGCAGGUGCCAGCCAUCCCGUCAACGUGCAGCAGUCCAGCCAGCAGCGGUCCUCGCCAGCAGCCAGCAGCGGUCCUCGCCAGCAACGGUCUCCGCCAGCAGCCAGCAGCCAGCAGCGGUCCCCGCCAGCAGCUAGCAGCCAGCAGCAGUCCCCGCCAGCAGCCAGCAGUAGUCCUCGCCAGCGGCCAGCAGUGGUCCUCGCCCACAGCCCGCAGCCAGCAGCCGUCCCCGCCAACAGCGGUCCCCACCAGCAGCAGUCCCCGCCAGCAGCGGUCCCCGCCAGCAGCGCUCCCCACCAGCAGCGGUCCCCACCAGCAGCAGUCCCUGCCAGCAGCGGUCCCCACCAGCAGCGGACCCUGCCAGCAGUGGUCCCCGCCAGCAGCAGUUCCCGCCAGCAGCGGUCCCCGCCAGCAGCCAGCGGCCAGCAGUGGUCCCCACCAGCAGCCAGCAACCUCCAGCGGACGCAGCCAGCAGCCAGCAGCCAGCAGUGGUCCUAG